ACAAUAAUCGAGAGCUAGUAAGAUUGAUGAGCUAGUAACCAUGGUCAGAAGUAAUUAGUGAGCCGAGCUCAACUCGUCGCUUAAAUAUCCGGUACGUGUUCAAGUGGAAACGGAAGUAAUUAGGCGAUGAAAUUAACUUUCAGAUGGCAAGGAGGCAUUGGGUGAACAGGGGUAGUAGUGCCAGUGGUGAUAGUGGCGGCGAUAGUAGUUAUAGCAGUAGGAUAGGGUGGAUAGGUAAUUUUCGACACGUAGAGAUGUAGAAUAAUCAUCAAGGUGCCAAUCGAACUCUAGAAUGAGAAGCGAAACUUUACGGUUUAACUUGGCUUCAGGACGGGUUCAUUGCUAUUCGGUAAUUAUCGAUUAUCGCGCUAAUAAAAUCCGGUGUUUGUCAUUGAGAAUUUUGUAAAGUUUAUGAAAAAUAUAUAUCUGAGUAUCUGAUGAUUGGAACGAGAUACAAAAUGGGAUUUUUUGUUAUUAUUAUUUUUUUAAUCGCAACGCCUAUUGUCUCGUCGCUGUCAGUUAAGACGAAAUUAAAUCCACGGCUAGUACAAUUGCGUAAUGGGAAGAUUCAAGGCUUGAUUCAGUCCUUCGAGAACAAGCCGCUCAAACCAGUGGAUGUUUAUUUGGGAAUACCGUACGCCACACCACCAAUUGGGGGCGACAGAUUCUCACCGACUAAAGCUCCCAGCCCUUGGGACGGAGUUAGACUCGCUCAUUCAAUUGGUCCAGUUUGUCCUCAAAGACUUCCCGACAUUAGCAACGAGGCGGCGGCGUUGGAACGAAUGCCACGAGGUCGUCUUGAGUAUUUAAAAAGACUUCUACCUCAUCUUCAAAACCAGAGCGAAGACUGUCUCUACUUAAAUAUCUACGCUCCUGCCAUGGCCGGAAUGUCAGACAGCGGCAAGAGGCAUCCGGUACUUUUAUAUAUCCACGGCGAGAGCUAUGAUUGGGGAAGCGGAAAUCCAUACGACGGCAGCGUCCUUGCGAGCUACACUGACCAAGUUGUUGUAACGAUCAACUACCGGCUCGGCGUACUGGGCUUUCUUAAUGCCAACAUUUCGCCACAUACAAAAGCACGGGUGGCAAAUUACGGUCUUAUGGAUCAACUGGCUGCACUUCACUGGGUACAAGAGAACAUUGCCCUCUUUGGCGGUGAUCCCGGUAACGUAACACUCAUGGGUCACGGCACUGGUGCUGCGUGCGUCAAUUUUCUCGCCAUCAGCCCCACCGUCAUUUCCGGUCUUUUUAAGAGAGCCAUUUUACUGUCAGGCAGCGCCUUGUCGUCCUGGGCAGUUGUAGAAGAUCCAGUAACGUACGCCGUAAAACUAGCGAAAGCAGUAAACUGUUCUGUACCAUCGGAUCUUCUGAAAGAGCAUGAGCUGAUCGUGGAUUGUCUACGUGAAACUCAGCUCAAGGAUCUCAUGUCAGCGGACAUACAAGCGCCGACUUUUCUCAGUGCUUUCGGACCCAGUGUCGACGGGGUUGUCAUAAAACCAGAUUUUCACAAGGAUCUUCUUUCCUAUCUCGGUCCAGAGUUCCAAGGAUCCGGACAACUUCCAAAAAGAAAUGAUCCUGGAACGCCAAUCACCAGUAACAACAAGUAUGAUCUAUUGUUCGGCGUAACAACAAGUGAGGCAUUGUGGAGAUUCGCUGAAAAAGACGUGCAAGCCGGUUUUGAGGGUGAAAGACGAGACAGAAUAAUACGUACUUAUGUAAGGAAUGCCUACACGUAUCACCUCACGGAAAUAUUUUAUACAAUCGUGAACGAGUAUACUGAGUGGGAACGAACAAUGCAGCAUCCAUCAAACACGAGAGACGGAUGCGUACGUGCAUUGAGUGACGCACAAUUCGUAGCGCCACUUGUACAAACUGGUGAUCUUUUUACACUUCGUCACACACGACAACCAAAUAAUCCUCACAUUACGCCAAUUCCUGACAGCGAAAAAGAACCAAUGCCCAAAACAUAUUUCUACGUAUUUGAUUUUCAAACCAAGGACGGCGAUUAUCCAGAGAAAAUGGGAACCGUCCAUGGAGAAGAAUUGCCUUAUGUUUUUGGAGCGCCACUUGUAGAUGGGUUUGGAUAUUUUCGAAGAUCUAAUUACACUAAAUCCGAUAUGACUAUGUCUGAAAGUCUUAUUCAAGCGUUUGCUAACUUCGUCAAGUCUGGAAAUCCGAACGCCUAUGACCAUCAUAGAAAUGAUGCACAAAUGAUUAUCACCAAAGACAAGAAUAAAUUUCGUUCAAUAAACUGGGAACAGUAUGACCCGGUCCAUCAAAAAUAUUUAGAAAUCACAAAAAAACCCUCAAUGAAAAAUCACUACCGCGCUCAUCAGUUAUCUGUGUGGUUAAGACUCGUACCGGAAUUACACAGAGCCGGAAUGGAAGACGUCGAGCCGAGACACAAUCUUUUCCGUGGUCACGGUGAUCCUAAUCUGUAUGAUGGCUCAGUACGUCCUGAUCCUCUCAGUAGAAUUGGCGAAGAAUAUAGACGUAGAAAUAUAACAACAGAAAUACCAACAACCACUGAUUACAGUAUCACGACUUGUGUCAGUCUUAUCCAGAGCACAAAUCUUCAGAAUGUUCAUAAUACUAGCUCAGAUACUCUUGCAUCAUUGGACGCUGCUGGAUAUGCAGCUUACUCAACAGCUUUAAGUGUAACAAUAGCAAUAGGUUGUAGUCUAUUGAUUUUAAAUGUCCUAAUAUUUGCUGGAGUGUAUUAUCAACGUGACAAAACACGAUUAGAAGUUAAGAGUAUGCAACAACAACAAAUGAUGAACCAGCAAUGUGGCCCAAGGGGAUUUACAGAACUAAAACAACCGCCGUUGCCGCAUUCACACUUUGGAGAAGGCGGUCAAGUUGUUGUGGAUGUCGAAAAUGAAAUGUUAAGGCGAAACGUAACAAAAGUAUCGAAUGACUCUGGACUUAUGCAACAAGCACAAAGUACCCACACACUGCCACAUCAUCAUCAUCAUCAUUAUCAGAAACAACCGCACCCAGGUCACGCUACAUUACCGCGAUCGUCAGUUAUCCAUGAUAUGGGAUUACCACGUGGUGUAGACAGUCUCAAUUGUCCGCCAAAUGGUUCUAUUCAUCUGACAGUACCGCGAGCACCACCGCCACCGAGAACAAAAAGUCCACCCGAAAACCAGCCACUGUUGCAGAGUGGACAAGUCUUAAAUCGUACAACCCAAGGGAGCAUGACUGAAAUGAGAGUGUGAUGUAUGGACUCCCCUCCGAGGCCAGUCGUACCGGAUGUGCUGACGGCGUCGACCUUACUAUAGAGAGAAACUCG